AUGCAACCGCUGUUGAUAAGUUGCUUCUCUCAAACACCACAAAUGGUCUUUACAGGCAGUAGGGAAUCCAUGGACCCCAACCCAGGGCUGAAUGUCUACUUGCCAAUGGCUGGAGGAAGUCAUGAGUCAAAAUUGGAAUUGACUCAUGGACUGUUGGUAUACUUUGAUACACACAUUGAAAUAACAUGUCAAAGUGAUAGCUAUCAAACAUAGCUGUAACCAUUCAUGUGUUUUUGGAUGCAUAGCUUUUGCUUGCUACUACAAGGAAUCGCUGCCAGCCACAAGCUUCAUUGGGUAAACCCAUUAUAGAACAAAGACAGCAGUAGAAGAGAAUGGUAGAACAAGGGUGGUUUAAAGGUAGAUACCAAGAUGAUGCAGAACUGUAACUCAAAUAAAGCUUUUGCCUGGCUCAAAGCGCUACGAGCUGAAUAUUUAUCCUCUGGCUGUCCAUGAGACGGCCAAUGUAAAACAAGCUUAUUUUUACUUUUCUGUUUUCACUCUGACAAUGCACAAGUGUACCAUGAAUACAUGUUUGUUUAUACAGGUAUGUGAUUCGCAAGGUGUUUCUAAUUGCAGAUCUGGUUUGGUACACAUUGCAGUCACACAAACAUCAGGGAACUAUACCAAGCAAAGCAACCAUUCAAAAGCAGAUUACUCAUUAAAGUGCUAAUAUUGAUUUCAGGCUAGAAACCCUGUGCUCAUCUUGGGAUCGUAGCAUGCUUGUCAUACUUUGAUGGAUUCAUCUAUUAUGAAGUUUGUUGGCCUGUGGCCACGGCUUGCCCUAUUUUGCAGCAGAGUCAUGUCAAAAUACAGUGAAAUACAAAAAGCUUCUUUAAGAGUAACUUUCAGGAUAUCAGGCACAAAAAGAUAGACAUUUAAAUUGAUUAUGUCAAAACUGAACUGUUUGAACAAAACUGUAACAGGUCAUCAUUACAGCUGUAGUAGUUUGAAUAAUUGCCGCUCGGGUUAACAGAUGGGUUAGGGAGUACCUGCACUCGUGAUUUUGCUUACUGUAAUGCCCAUACAGCAGGAGGAUGGACACAUGUGGCCUGCGGGGCAAUUACAAACAAAGAGCCCAACUCUAGGUCAAAUCAGUACAUUAUAAAGUCAAACUCCACUCCCUGGCUCAAUUUUAUAUUUUAGUAUAGUGCUGUCAAUUUUAAUUUGAACCCUUUUCAUUUUGACUUUUCUUGGACAGAGUUUAAAAGUUCUGCCCAGAAGUUAAUGUUCUCAGGGGCUGAUAUUAAUAAAAGGGGACAUUCAUUGUUUUUUUUCCACUCUGGAAGCAUAGCAAUACAGUAUGCUUUCAAGCCCUGGCAAACAGAAUGCUGAAUUCAUAAGCAUCCGAGAAUUAUUUUUUUUUAAAAGCCAACCUUAGCAAUAGUUUCAUCACAACCUCCUUUCCAAAAUCUCACCUGUCCUUUAUGGAAGAAUGAAAUGAAUUAUUCACUAAACUGGGACUUCUGAAGAACUGACCAGAGAAUUGUAAAUUUUACUUUUAGAUUUUGUCCAAAUCAGUUACUUUGCCAUAAAAUUUGUAGUUUUUUUUUGUCCAUUCUCCACAACUUCCAGUUUAACUAAUAAACUGUAUUCUAUCUCGCUGUACAUUGAGAUAUAAAAGGUUGUUUUGAAUGCUAUUAGCAUUGAGAUAAAGGGCCUUUCUGUUUCCAUUCCUUGAAGACUGACAAAUAACAAUCCCCUCUUGGCUAAACAGCUUUGUAACAGGUCGGCCUAGCGACACAGUAAAACUGUUUUCUUUCAAUGUAUAUCUUGAAAAUAUGGUAGGCGUGUCACCUUUAGGCUCUCACCUGCUUUACCUGUGUAGGUGUGUCCUUAGCAUCUACAAACCUGAAAACUAAAAGGACUGUUUAGAGCACUCUCAACAACAAGUCUUGCAGGUAUGAAUGUAUUUGUUCUGAUUUCUGUGCAAUGCUUCCGUUUUCUAUGAACCUAAAUAGAUAUUUAGAUAAGUAUCUGAAUGGAAUUCAGAAAUGUAUAGAUUGAAAGAAAUAGUUCAUGGUUUGUUUCCUUCUAUUGGCAGUUCCAGAAAUAUACAAUUUAUCUAUGAAGAUCCAUGUAAUUAGCUUUCCCCUAUAGGAAUAGCACUGAUAUAUCUAUUUGAAAUAACUGAUCAAUAUAUACUAUAUGACUAUAGUUACCAUUGAUGUAAGGGAAAGGUGACCCUUUCUUCUGGCAUGGCAGAUGGUCUGAUUCAUCUAGAAUGAUAUCUGAGAAAGCCAGUAAAAUGCACACGACUGUAUAUAGAAACCUAAUGAACCAGUUCUGUUUCUUAAAAUAAAUCAAACUACAAUUAGACAUUAACUAGAGCCUCCAUGAUUCAAUGAAAGCUCAGUUAGCACACAGCACCAGAUUUAAUUCCCUAAAUAUCAGCAAUACCCUUGGCAUUAUACCCAUCUCUCAGUGGGUUGAAUUUGCAAAUGUCACAUUCAGCAGUAUGCAAUAAUGUUUAAUAAUGCCACAACUGGACAUGCUUUAAGAGUACACAUAGGUUCCAGCUCCCAAGAUCUGCUCAGAGACAGCGGAGUUAUAGUUUGUAUACAACAAUGGAGACAUUGAGAACAUUAGUGCUCUAUACAGCAUAUUGUUGUAAGUACAAUUUGCUCACCAAUAAAAGAUAACGUGUAUAACAUAUCAUAGUGCCUCGUAUAAUCGGAUUAUUAUUUAUUCUAUAUAUUCCAAUAGAUGAAUAAAGACCACAUUUCUUUAACAAAGUUUGACCGUAUCAAAUUCCUUUUAAUCCACACUCCAAUCAUUUCACUGAAUACGGUACAUCCUGGGCAGAUCGAUUUGUUUGGGUGAUUCUUAGAAGGAAUCUGAUUCGGACAAACUGGGGCUCAAUCAUGGUUACCCAAGUUUAGCUAAACGGCUUCAAAAUGUGCAGAGUUGCAGAUGAUCCAAAUAUGCAUUACCAAUUCUAGUGCUGGGGUAAACGGGGCUGAUGGAUGUGUGAUUGGAUUGUGGACUGUGGGGCAUUUGGCAGAGAUGAAAGGGUUUAAAACCGAAUAUAUGGAGUUUGUCUAAAACUCGUUAUUGUUUACGAAUUAUGUGUAAACAAUAACAAUGUGUGGGAGUUCUAGUAUCUGUAUAAACGGAUUUCUAAGAUGUGCAAAAGUGUGACUAGGACUGUGGUAUCAGAUUUAAGUUACUUGUAAACUUUUUUGUUUUUUUUACAAUGAUUGGUUACAUGCAAAUAUAUGUUCUGCUUAAUAAUACGUGUUAGAUUACAUAAACAAGAAACUGUAUACCUUCAGAGUAAGGAGUACCCUCAGAGUAAGGAGUAUGUUCUGCUAUAAACCACUCAAAAGGGCCUUGACUGUGUGCAGAGAAAAGACAAUUAGCGACUGACAGAUGUGCGCUAUGAAGUUGCAUUUAAAGGGUCAUUCUAAGCAAUAUAAUAUCUCUGCAUCAUUAUGGUUAUGGUGCAAACAGGGCCGUGAUCCCAGUCUCCCUUCUUGCAAAUAGGGCCAGCAAUUAGCAUAAAUAACUGCAUUAAAAAAAGCUUACGACAUGGAGCUGUGUUACUACGUGACAAAAAACCAUUAGACAGACAUCCCUUGUUCUCAGUGAAGAGCUGAGCUGCAGCCAUUCAUAUGAACAUUCUGCUUAUUCAAACUAAUAGCUGCGGUGUUUCAGCUUACUAUAUAAUUCCAAUCAUUCUAUGUGAUGAGUGUAAAUACAAGAAGGACUGUAAACCCGUGCCAAAAAGAGAUUAAACCAAAAAUGAGAGGCUCCUGUUCAGUGUAGUCUAUUCCUGGUCAGACAAUUUAUUAUCUUUAUAAAAUGCUGUAAAAAUGUGUCCCUUUAAAUGGGCUUGCUCUACAUUGCCAGGGGUAAAGCAUUGCUUUGUGGCAACCUCUUCAAUCUGGCAACUGUGUUAAAGUGAAACUAUAGUGCCAGGAAAACAAAGCCAGCGGUGGAGACCUAUUGCACAUGUGUGGCAAUGGCCGCGCUCCCGUUAGGAUUUCCCCUAUAGGAAUGCAUUGUAUAAUGCUUUCCUACGAGGUUUUGGGUGACUUUGGAUGUCCUCAUGCAUAGCGUGAGGAUGUCCAGCUUCAGUUAGGCGACCAAAUAUCGCCUGAUGACCUGAAAGUCCCUAUAGUGGCUGUCUGAUAGACAGACACUAUAGGUGGAGUUAACCCUCAAAAGUAAUUAUUUCUGUUUAUUAAAACCUGCAAUAAUUACCUUUGCAGGGAAAAGGGACGUGGGACACUGCACCAAGAUAACUUCAAUCAGCUAAAAUGAUCUGGGUGCCUAUAGUGUCCCUUUAAGUCUUUAAUUUAAUCCUUUUGCCAAUCAUUUGACUAGCACAUCUAUAUAUGGAAUUAUUUGUAGAUUGGAACAGGAAAGACAUGUUAUUUAGAAUAUAGUCUAUUUAAAAGAGCACUAUAGUGCCAGGAAAACAAACUCGUCAUUAGAUUUUACUAGCCUUAACAGAAACCUGGCUCUCCCCCUCUGACACUGCCACCCCUGCAUCUUUGUCCUUCAGUGGUCUCCAACUUACCCACACCCCAAGAAACUCUGAAUGUAAAGGUGGUGGUGUUGGGUUUCUCCUCUCCCCUCACUGCUCUUUUAAACCUUUUCCCACCCCCCCUUCCCUCUCUUUCCCAUCAUUUGAAAUACACUCAAUUCGCCUUUUCAAACCCUUCGCUGCUAACAUUGCUGUUAUUUACCGUCCCCCUGGUUCCCCUCUUCUCUUCCUUGACCAUUUUGCUGCCUGGCUACCCUAUUUCCUCUCUUCUAACAUCCCAUCCCUAAUUCUCGGGGACUUCAAUAUUCCUAUAAACCCACCUUUGACCUCUGCAGCCAAUAAACUACUUUCAAUUACUUCCUCCCUCGGGCUAUCACAGUGGGCAAAUUCACCCACCCAUGUUGCUGGCAAUACCCUCGACCUAAUCUUCACUUAUGCAUGUACGGUAUCUAAUAUCUGCAACACUCCCUAUCCUCUCUCUGAUCACCACCUCUUAUCGUUUGCUCUCACGUACCCCCUCACCCAACAACCUCCGCCUAACCAGCCUCAACUCAGGAGGGACCUUAAUUCUCUUGAUCUCCAACAGUUGUCAGCUGACAUUGAUCCACAACUGCUGUCCAUCCCUUCCCUAUCCUGUCCUUCACUGGCCAUCUCCAUAUAUAACUCUACUCUUACAUCUGCCUUGAACACUGCAGCGCCACUCCAAGCAAGCACCUCAAGGAGGACCCGCCCCCAACCAUGGCAUACUAAAUCAACGCGCUACCUGCAAAGAUGCUCCCGGUGUGCUGAACGCUCCUGGAGGAAGUCUCGCACCCAGUCAGACUUUCUCCAUUAUAGAUUCAUACUGUGUUCAUACAGUGCAGCCCUUGCCCUUGCCAAACAGUCCUAUUUUUCCUCUCUCAUUAGUUCAUGUUCCCGCAACCCCAGGCGUCUCUUUGACACCUUUAAUUCUCUUCUUCGCCCCGCUGUGGCCACCCCCCAAACCAACCUUACUGCUGAUAACUUUGCAUGUUACUUCACUGACAAAAUUGAACAGCUAAGGAAAGAAUUCUCCCCUCCUUGCCUUUCUGUUUCUCAAUCACACAUUGAUCAUGCCUUUCCUACCCUUCAGACAUUCUCCCCAGCCACUGACCAAGAGGUGGCUGCUCUUCUUUGCUCCUCUCGCCCCACCACUUGCCCGCUCGAUCCUGUCCCGUCUCACCUUAUCAGAUCUCUCUCCGCUUGUCUCGUGCCUUCUCUAACACACAUCUUCAACUGCUCGCUCUCUUCUGGCAUAGUCCCUGCUGACCUUAAACAUGCCACUGUAGUACCUAUACUAAAAAAACCAUCCCUUGACCCAUCCACCCCCUCUAACUACCGUCCCAUAUCCCUGCUCCCUUUUUCCUCAAAGCUUCUGGAAAGACUCGUCUUUACCCGUGUGUCUCAUUUCCUCAAUUCCAACUCUCUCCUUGACCCCCUUCAAUCUGGCUUCCGCCCUCUCCACUCUACAGAGACUGCCCUUAUCAAAGUUACUAACGACCUAAUCGCAGCUAAAUCCAAAGGCCACUACUCCAUACUAAUUCUUCUUGACCUCUCGGCGGCCUUUGACACCGUUGAUCAUGCUCUCCUUCUUCAAACUCUGCAAUCGCUUGGUCUCUGUGACUCUGUCCUCUCGUGGUUUUCCUCUUAUCUCUCCCAACGCUCAUUCAGUGUCUCUUUUUCUAAUGAUACCUCCUCCCCUCGCCCUGUCUCGGUUGGAGUCCCCCAAGGCUCCGUCCUUGGUCCCCUUCUAUUUUCUCUUUACACUGCCUCUCUUGGCAAACUUAUUACCUCAUUUGGUUUCCACUACCACCUGUACGCUGAUGACACCCAGCUAUAUCUCUCCUCCCCGGACCUCUCCCCUGCUGUCCUGCAACGUGUCACUGCUUGCCUUUCUUCCAUCUCUGACUGGAUGUCCUCCCGCUUUCUGAAACUCAAUCUCUCAAAAACUGAGCUCCUUGUCUUUCCUCCUCCUAAUACUGAUCCUCCUCUCUCGCUCUCCCUUCAAGUUUGUGGUACCAACAUCAGCCCAUCCUUGCAAGCGCGCUGUCUUGGCGUCAUACUUGACUCUGGUCUCACCUUUGAGCCUCACAUCCAGCAUGUUGCCAAAUCCUGUAGAUUCCAUCUUAAAAACAUAGCCCGCAUCCGCCCUUUUCUUGCACCAGAUACUACCAAGGAGCUUGUCCAUGCUCUAAUAAUUUCAUGCAUGGAUUAUUGUAACCCUCUCCUGCUUGGUCUUCCCAAAAGCCGUACUGCACCCCUACAGUCUGUAAUGAAUGCUGCUGCUAGACUGAUUUUCCUCUCUAGUCGGUUCUCUCACACCUCACCCCUCUGCCAGUCCUUACAUUGGCUUCCUGUGUGCUAUAGGAGUCAAUUCAAGGCACUAACUCACACCUAUAAAGCACUGAACAACUCUAGCCCCUCUUAUAUCUCCUCACUGAUCCACAGGUAUGUCCCUUCUCGGUCUCUCCGCUCUGCCCGUGACCACCUCCUGUCCAUUGUCCGCACCCGUACGGCCAACUCGCGCUUGCAGGACUUCUCGCGGGCGGCUCCCUUCCUAUGGAAUAGCCUGCCUACCGCCAUCCGACUCUCCCCUAGUCUUGCAUCUUUUAAGAAGUGCCUUAAAACCCAUCUCUUUAGGAAAGCUUAUGGCCUCCAAGACUAACCCCUACCUCACAUACCCGUCUCUUGCCCUCUCCUAAAGGGCAGCCCACCUUAUUUGAUUGCACAUUCCUGUCCUAAUGUGUUUUACACCCCACCUCCUAUAGAAUGUAAGCUCGAUUGAGCAGGGUCUUCUUCAACCUAUUGUUCCUGUAAGUUUAUUUGUAAUUGUCCUAUUUAUAGUUAAAUCCCCUUUCAUAAUAUUGUAAAGUGCUACGGAAUCUGUUGGCGCUAUAUAAAUGGCAAUAAUAAUAAUAAUAAUUAGGUCCCCCACACCCUCAGGGCUCUCCUCCCGCUGGGCUGAAUGGAUUAAAACCCCAUCAGCCACUUACCUUUCUCCAGCGUCAGGCUCCCUCAGCGCUGGGGAACUCUCCACCCCCUGCCGACGUCAGAUCCAAAUGCGCAUGCGCGGCAAGAGCCUUGCAUGCAUUCAAACCACCCAUAGGAAAGCAUUACUCAAUGCUUCCUAUGGACAUCCAGCGUCUUCUCACUGUGAUUUUCACAGUGAGAAUCGCGGAAGCGCCUCUAGCGGCUGUCAGUGAGACAGCCACUAGAGGCUGGAUUAACCCUCAAUGUAAACAUAGCUUUCUCUGAAACUGCUAUGUUUUCAGCUGCAGGGUUAAAACUAGAUGGACCUGGCACCCAGACCACUUCAUUGAGCUGAAUUGGUCUGGGUGCCUAUAGUGGUCCUUUAAGCUUGAGUUUUUGUUCAGAUUAAGGUGAUUAGAUAUCCUGGUUAUAGAGAAAGGCUGUCUGAGAGCAAUAGGAAAUGUACUUCACAACCAUCACUAGACUAUACAUGGAAGUCAGCGCUGUUGAUAUAGGGCUGAGGUGUGCCGGAACCGACGUCGAGGUAGGCCUGUAAUAAAAGAGGGCAAAAAUUGGGUACCUGUCAGAAACGAAAAACAAUCAACAAAACCUAAAAGCCUAGCUGUAUGAUAAAUGCCAAGCGAGGAAAUAGUUGCCCAACACUUUAACCGGCACUCUUAAUUGUGCAAGGGAAGGUGAGGUAUAUGAAACGUGUUGGUCCCCCUAGGGUAGACUAAAUGUGGGGUAUAGAAAAUAAUCAGUAGACUGCAUGAAUAGGUGAGACUUCCUAAGAUAGUGCUGCAAGAAGGACGUGGUGGCUGAGGGAAAGUAUGUGAGGAAUAGUGGCUCAACAACUAGAUUAGAAAUUUAAAGUGACUAGUUGCCAUCAAGUACAGCCUUCCUCACAUUGUGUUUAAACGGUUGAUCCAAAAGAAGGCGAAAAACCCAGUUUGAAGCACUGCCAAUUUGCAACAAACUGGGAAAAAAAUUCCUUCUUGACCCCAGAAUGGCAGUCAGAUUUCCUUGGAUCAAGCAGUUAUUGCCCUACAUGAAGGUUGUUGCCUGGUUCGUAGUGACAGGCAUUUAAUAAGUCUGAUGGUGAAUUAGAUACUUGGAUGUAGAUGUGAAAUCUGUAAAUCUGAAAUUCCCUGGAACCUGAAACGCCUUGAGCAUGCUAAUAGUCUGGAAUGAGGACAUGAAAACUGCAUAUGAAUGGUAAACCUAUACAACAUGUGGAGUUGUGAACCGGAUAGGUAGAGUUGGCAAAAGAAGCAAAACCAAAAGCAGGCAACAAAGCUAUAGAAACAGUAUUGGUAUACGCGAAGAAGGAGCCUCAAAGGGGAAGAAAGCCCAAACACACAAGACCACGAGCAUUGGAAAAAAGAGCCAGACACGAAAAUGAGCUAACCAGGCUGGCAGCCCAUGGUUGGACCGUGAAAGGUGCUGGAAGCCUGGAUCAGAACCAGCCAAAGUGGCAGAUGCCAGUUACCCCAAACUGCCAUCCGACACCGCCCCAUAGACAGCAGCGAAGACGACCAGGAGGCGAAAUGGAGAAGUAAGGGCGAACUCGGGGGCCCCCACCAGCAACGGUGUUACCCGUGGAGUGCGGACCAGCUGUCCGAAAGGCUGCCGGGUAGGGGGUAGGGGGGGGAAGGGACUCGCGAGAACCACAGUGAAGCAAGUGAGGGCCCAGGACCCAAAGGAAAAGGUAGGAGUAGUCAAAGCACCACAGCGUGAAGGGUACCAGACCAAGCCAGAGAGCCCUGGUGGAAAAUACCACGCCAAACGCCUAGCAGCGGAGACCUGCUAGAAAAAGAGAUGAAUAGGCAGCGCAUAAGCGACCCAAAGCGCAUGUGUGUGUGGGUGGGUAUGUGUGCUGGCAUACUAGCUAAUACCAAAGGCAAAGCAAUUAAAACUAGGUUUGGUGACAGGCGAGGCCCUGCUAGAUGCCAAGCGGCGUGAGAGGCUCUAUGAGUUGGCGCAAGGGGAUAACAUGGCCACUGAACGUUGUGGCGGGGUGUUGGCCUCUCGUGACAGGUAACAUAAGAUAGAAUGGGAGUGACAGGUGAGGCCCUCCCUAUGCCACAAUGCGAGGCGACUAACUAUAAUUUGGCCCGAGGGGCGUAGUACCUCCGAGUAUGAGGAUGGGUGUUGGCCUCGCGGGACCACUAACCUAAGGCGAAGAAGCCGGGGGGGGGAAUUACAAACUAGUGGACCCUGAGGACCCUGACAGCCAGCCACAGCCAACUAAGAUGGGAGGAAAGGUAGUAGUGUGAGAGAGGACGGAUGUGCCAAACAUGUACCGAAAAACGUGAGAGUGAACGAGGAAAUACCGCGGGGUCGACCAUAACCGAAAGCAGAGUAAGCACGUCAGAGUCCAGGCGGACAGGCUGAAAGGAGCGAGCUUGGCAGUAGGCAACAGAAACCGUGGUGGUGUAAACCCUGCGGGGGUCACGAGACCCAUUGCGAGCGUGUGUGUGUGUGAUUGUGCGCGGGAGUGCUGGCAUACUAGCUAAGCCAAAAAGGCGAAACAAUUAAAGCUAAGUUUGGUGACAGGUGAGGCCCUGCUAGAUGCCCAGCGGCGUGAGAGGCUCUAUCUAUGCGUUGGCGCGAGGGGAUAUCGUGGCCACUGAAACGUUGUGGUGGCUGUCGGCCUCUCGAUGACAGUUAAACAUAAGAUAGAAUGGGAGUGACAGGUGAGGCCCUCCCUAUGCCACAAUGCGAGGCGACUAACUAUGAUUUGGCCCGAGGGGCGUAGUACCUCCGAGUAUGAGGAUGGGUGUUGGCCUCGUGGGUCCACUAACCUAAGGCCAGGUGGAAAUUACCACUAGCUGGACACCUAGUACCCUGACAGCCAGCAACAGCUACCUAAGAGGGGAGGGUAACGAGUGAGACAGGGGAUGUUACUGUGUGAAAUGAAAAGAAAAGGGGGCGGGAUUAUGAGGGAGAAUCGUAGGGGCUGCCCGUAACUGGAGGGCAGAGUGAGCCCGUCAGAGUCCAGGUGGUCAGGCUGUAGGAGUACACAAGGGAAAUAGGAGCAGAAAGUGCAUGCGCGUGUAUAGCCCACAGGCCUCGUAAGGUCCAGAACACAUUCCCGGUAACAAAAACAUAACGUUCCUUCCAGAAAAUAACACGGUUAUGGUGGACAGACAUGGCCCAUCCAAGCAAAGAAACAAAACCCGAAGAUAAAUGCAAAUUAAACCCGAAAUCUUUAAUAGAAGGAAAAAUAGAGUACAAAUGAAACGCACCAUCUAUCUGCACUAUCCUUAGGACACGAAGAAGGGGUAAAUGGACGUGUGACGGUAUGUGGGGUGGCCACUUGGACACCAGUUGGAUAGCAAGUGUAGAUGUGAAUGUGCGAUAGAGCCGCAGGCAGUGAGGGAAAGAGGAGUCUGAAGAAAAAGGAAGGCACGUGAUAGGAACUUAGCUUGGAUACUGUACCCUUAAAAGAGGAAAUCACAAACGCAAUAACUACACUUUAAUAACCAUAAAACCUGAAAAAUAGCCAUAGGAGAAAAAAAAAAAAAAAAAAACCUGAACUCUGCACCCGUGACAGAACAGAAAAAUGUAUAUAGUACAGGCUGUCUGCAUGGGUUGUGGUUUAAAAUUAACCCAAACCAGCACAUCUUUCUGCCCAGUGACACAGGACUCUCCAGAUUAAAACACUGUCUCACCUGUCAGUCAUAGCACAAUAGAAGCCCUAAUGCCAUCAGUGUAGUGAAACGAAAGAGGAAAAAUAUGAUCUGGCAUGUUCCUGUUAUUGUGCAACAGUGCAGACAGCGUCAGGGGGGUAAAGGUGCCUGUUAUAGGAGUGGUAUUGUGUUUCCCAAAUAGGAGAAGACAGACAGGGGGGAUCAACCAGCAGCACAUCACAAAAACUUCCCAAUGGGGUAUUACUUCUAUGUGAAUUACAACAAAAUUGACUUAACUGCCAGUUGGACGCUUGUGCCACAAGUCCAAUUAACGUAGACCUGGUGUGUGGAUGAAUACAUAUUGAAAAAGGUGCGCCGUUUUGUGUAAUCUCUCGAACUGCACUAUCUGCCAUGCUAUGGCAGAUGUGCAAUUUUGAUCGAUUUGCUUAUAGUUUGAAUGGAUACUACGUUAUAUCCAUGUGAAUAAAGUAAAAACGCUAGGUAAUUUCACAGAUCUUGCAACGUGUAAACAAAAACAAACUACACUAGAUUAAGAACAGGGACUAGAACUGAUAAGAAACUGGUUUCCGAUGCCAGCGAAACGGCGGCUGUUCGGGAAAACAGCCGCACGCCAGAAAUUCAUGAAAAUACAGAACCAUGCGAACCCAGUGAGCGACAGGAAACAAGGGGAAAGAAAAGCACCCGAAAUGGAGGUAAGAGAACUCACAGCAAGAGGAGAUUUUGACUGGAUAGACAGCCGACCGGAGCAGACCCCAGAAAUGACCAUGGACGGAUCGAAAACGGCGGGGGAAAACGCCAAGCCAGGUAAGGAGAACCACGAGGGAAGCAGAGGACGACCGGAAAUAGCGACAUGCGAAUCGCUAAAAGCGUAACAGGACGGAGGAAGGUGAGUAGGGGGGUUUAAAUAGGUACCAUGCCCCUCCCACAACUGCAGGCCAAGCCUUAACAUUAAGGAUAGCCUCAUGCCUAUCCCACGCAUGCUUAAACAACUUCACUGUUAACCUCUACCACUUUAGCUGGAAGCCUAUUCCAUGCAUCCACUACCCUCUCAGUAAAGAAAUACUUCCGGAUAUUAUUUUUAAACCUUUGCCCCUCUAAUUUAAGACUAUGUCCUCUUGUUGUGGUUUUUCUUCUUUUAAAUAUGAUCUCCUCCUUUACUGUGUUGAUUCCCUUUAUGUAUUUAAAUGUUUUUUUAUCAUAUCCCCCCUGUCUCGUCUUUCCUCCAAGCUAUACAUGUUAAGAUCCUUUAACCUUUCCUUGUAAGUUUUAUCCUGCAAUCCAUGAACCAGUUUAGUACCCCUUCUCUGAACUCACUCUAAAGUAUCAAUAUGCGUCUGGAGAUACGGUUUCCAGUACUGCGUACAAUCUCUAAGUGAGGUCUCACCAGUGUUCUUCCUUCUUUCUACUGCUAAUACCUCUCCCUAUACAACCAAGCAUUCUGCUAGCAUUUCCUGCUGCUCUAUUACAUUGUCUGCCUAGCUUUAAAGGGAAACUCCAGUGCCAGGAAAACAAUCAGUUUUCCUGGCACUGCAGGUUCCCUCUCCCUCCCACCUCUCAAACUCCUGGUUGCUGAAGGAGUGAAAACCCCCUUCUGUAACUUACCUGAGGCAGCGACGAUGUCCCACGUCGCUGCUUCUCCCUCCGCGCCGCUCCUCCUUCUGACUGCGUCGGCCGAUGGGCGAGACUGUUCCUGCCCACCGGCUGGGGAGACCUAAUGCGCAUGCGGCGCAUUAGAGCUCCCCAUAGGAAAGCAUUGAAAAUGCAUUUCAAUGCUUUCCUAUGGGGAAAUGAGCGACGCUGGAGGUCCUCACACAGCGACGCUCUAGCACAGGUUUCAUGCUAGAGUUGUGUUCUAUACAUUGUGCCCUGAAGGGUACGUUUUAAUUACAUAUCUCCAUCUAAAAUGAUGUUCAGUCACAUAACAUGUCUGUUCCAUUAAUAUGGCAGCCACUCGCUGUCUGUGCUAAGUUACAAGAUAUAUGCUGGAUCAUGUUUACAUUGUUUUGUCAAUAAUUUACUCGAAUAAUACAGUGUGUAUAAAGCUAUUAGUCACAUAGAAUAAAUUAGACUACAAAGCAUGUCCAAAUGUGCAAUGAAUACAUUAUGAUAAAAUGUGUAUAAUAACUGCUUAUUGCUUUUAAGAAAUCUGCGAUAAGUGAGCUUCUACUAUCUUUCCGUAACGAUAAUCCUUUCAGUGCCAUUGAGGGAAAGGAUCAAUUUCACUCUACAUUUGCUUUUUGACUCAGAUCUACAGAUAAGGAAAAUUAUAUUUUAUUUAUAAUCCUGAAACAUAUUCCUAGGACACCAGGACAAGGAUUAAUGAUAAUUAAGACAAUACUAGUACAGUAUGUACUGAGAUAUCAUGCCAGGAGGUAGGCUAGCCAGAAAUCUCUUCGUUAAAGUUCAUGGUGGUAGAGGCUGAAAAGACUCUCCAUUCACAGCCUCAGUUAGUUGACUGUUAGUUGUACUACAAGCCUCAGAAAGCACUGCUGUUUGAUGGCAUGUACAACUAUGCUACAGGGCCCUGCAGGUUAGGAGAGAGGGACAGAAAUAGAGCUGUACACGGGUACAGGAACCAGCAAAGUAUUUUAGAAAACACUGUAGGCACCCAGACCAUUUCAUCAUUAAAGUGUUCUGCGUGCAAUGUCCCAGUCCCUUAAGCCCUGUAAUGUAAAAUAGAAGACAGGCACUAGAAGCAUUUCCUGCAGUUUCCAUUAAAUGAUGCUUGAUGUCCACGGAUUCAAUGCUUUCCUAUUGGGAAGGUCAAAUGCACAUGUGUGGCUCACCGUGCAUGCCCAUUAAGUUAUCCCCAUUGUCGACAUUGGAGUAGAUGGAGACAGCGCUGAGGGACCUGAGGAAACUAUGUAAAGGCUUUUUACACAGACAAUAACUUUAAGGCAGUAUACCUAACAUUACAGUAUUCCUUUAAGAUGCAGAAUGCUAACAAAACAUUUAUUUUACAACAAAUUUAUACAAAAUUGGACAUGGAAAAAACAUGCAGGUCUCAUUUAUAUAUUUAAUAUUUAAAUUAAGUCUGUUACAAUUUUUACAAAACAAGCACUGUCAAUAGAUUGCAAGCUCUGCAGACCAAUACAACAUGCUUUAAAUGUGUGGGAUGAAAAUACAGCUUUAAAAAAAUAAACAAAAUAAAGAAAUGUUUUUGUGCCUUUGCUCUGGAAUGACUCGUGGAUUGAGGGUUACUAGAAGUCAGUAAUAGGACAUAUUUCAUUGACAGGGACCAAACCUGUUCAGUCAGUUUUCUGUUCAGAAGAUGUAAGGCAGAGUUGAUUUCACAGGUAGCAGUAAGAUAAUUUUUUUGUUCCGAAGGAGCACUUCUAAGGUUUCCCAAGGCAAGAUAUCCUCUACCGAGAGCGAUAGUAGGCAAAUGUAGGUUUAUUGCCUAAACUGUGCGUCGGUAACCAACUUGCAAAAGGUAGGCCAAAACAGCACUUGUAGAGAAAGUGAAAACUUUCUUAGUAGUCCAUGAAUUGAAACUCACUGUUUAUUAAAUAACACAUCCAUAGGAUGGGUUCCCAGAUUCUGAUUGCAUUUUGACAGCUAUGGGAAAAAUAUAAUUUAAGCUGUGUAAUUGUUAAAUACAGCCCUGGAGCAUGUAUUUAUUUUUAUUUUUUAAAUGAGUGUCAUGAAAUGUUCUGCUGACUUGAUGAGCCAAACCCUCCUUGCUUUCCAGUGUAAAGUGUAUUUUUUGCAGUAAAUCUUACUAUAGCAUAUUUUGCCUUUAUAAAUGCGUAGAGUGGCAGUAUGUACUUUGUGAGAAAACCUUUAGCAAUAUGCAUUAACCCAAUGGAGCUUUGUGACUAGAAAAGUAUAACAGAAAAUAAAACGUUAAAAAUGUGUAAAUAAAAUGAGGUAAUAUGUAAUACAUGUAAAAUUGCAAAUAAAGAAAAAAGUUCUAUUCUUUAAACCCUUAAGGACACAUGACAUGUCUGACAUGUCAUGAUUCCCUUUUAUUCCAGAAGUUUGGUCCUUAAGGGGUUAAACAAACACCCUUAAACACUUAUGCAGAAAAAGAUUUAAAAAAUACCCCAAAAAAACUAAACAACCCCAAAGGAUGCACAGAAGACGAAUAGUGCAUCUUUCAGAAGAGCAAAGAUUUUAAACAUUUUUAACUUUUUAACUAUCAAGUUUUUAUACCCAUUUGAAACAUUUUUUAAUAAUGCUGAUUUUCAAUAUAUUUUUACUUCUAGUCAUUUUAGGAACAAUAUUAAUAUUUCCCCUACCCUGUAUUAUAUAGUUGUCAUCUUGAUAGCUACUAAAGCAGAAAGUGCAGGUAGCGUCAAGAGUAAAAUACUAUAGACACAAAAGGUAUAAAAUAAUAGAAACAAUACAAAUGUAUAAAAAUACCAAAUGGUAAGCACAGUCUCAAAGGUAGCAGUAGAUCUUCUAAUCAUAGUGUGUCAUCUUAUUUAUUUAUUUAUAAAAUAUUUUACCAGGAAAGAUACAUUGAGAUUUCUCUCGUUUUCAAGUAUGUCCUGGCUGCAUUAGAAUACUAUAUAAAUGUUGUACAGUGUAAAUGUGAAAGUUACAAUGUUAUUACUUCAAAUGAUUUUACUUAGUAGCUUUAUUUUGUAUACAAUUGUUACUGCCUGCGUAUUCCAUUGAUCGCAGCUGAUAUAUAAAGAAAUUCAGAAGAUCUCAGUAUGUGAUUAUACUACAUUGUGAUUAUAGCCGAAUUGGAAAAUUGUUCCAAACCUUACUUUACUUUUCCCUAAAUUUUGCAGUUUAUUACAAUUCAGUGUUUAGUGGAUAAUCCCUUCAGUCCUUGUUUGAUUUUGAGCCUCUGUAAAAACACACCAGUUCCGCCUUCAGAAUGUUGAUCGGAAUGUAGAUGCUAUUUCAAAGAAACAAUGCUGAUACAACAAUGUUUAGCUGGGACCCACACACACACCAGGCUUUCAUGUUAUGAUAUGUGAGCAUAGCUUUAAUGCUGCUUCUACAGGCUGGGAUUUUAUCACAGGUAUGUCUGACAAUGAUCAGCCAAGAUACCCAACCCUUCAGUGAUAUGAAGUGGUCAUUGUGGGAUAAUGCACAGUGUUUUGGCUUGAAACAGAGUAAUCUAACUUGUGUGCCAGGGGCUACCUAAUGUUAAUUCUGUAUAUAAAAUACGUACGUCAUCAGCACACACAGCACGCUGGCAACAGACUUAUUGAGCAAGGAGAAGGGCUUACUUUCCUCCUUUCCAAUAAAAUAGUAAGAGAUUUUUAUUAAAUCCCUCUCUACCACCCCUCACCAGCUCAGAUUGUACACAUGCGCUAUGAGAAGCCUGUGGCGGGACCAUGUGAGGCCCUGGCUGAUGUCAGGAAGGGGCAUGGAAGUUAGCCCCUGUGGCUUUGCUCGGUGCUGGAUUUCUGGUAAAUAAAUCUCUUUUUUAAAGGUUUUACUGCAAAUGGUGGGGAUGGGGCCUUCUCCAUAAUACUCCAGCUUGGAGUAACCCUGGAAAGUAACAAUAUAUAUGGUAGAACAUAAAAAUAAACGAUAUACUUUUCAAUUAGUGUUGCUAGAAUUUCAGUGGUUUCCUAGGCCCAAAUCACUUCCACAAAAUGAUGGGUAGCACAGGAACAUGCAGAAAUCCAAUAGGGGCAAUUCAGUAAGCAAAUGAAGGCAGUUCCUUUAGGGUAUUACCUUGACUCAUUCGCUAAUGAUACCAUAUAAAUUCAACAUGCUCUAGGGUAGAACUUUUCAUGCAUUGCUCAACAUGUGCUAUGCACUAGACUUGUGCAAAGAUGCAUUUAAACGGGUACAAAGAAAUCUGCACCCGAACAAAAGUAUUCUGUAUAGUAUUUGCCUGCGGAGUCGGGCAGAUCUAUUGAUUCGUGUGUAUAUUGAAAGGUAUUUGAUUCAUUCACACCAGCUGAAACACAUUUGUGCACCAGUCUAGUAGCCAUGAGUCCAUAAUUAUAAGUAGAAAGUAAUGAAAGAGGGGAGCACUCACUCAAGCAAGGGACUUUAGUUCCCCUCCAAGCCCAGUAAUGAUUGUAGAAACUAAAAAUUGUUCAGUAUAAACCUCUAAGUCUACAAUUUAAUUCAGAAUUAUUAUGCAGUUUAAUGGUGUAUUUAUAUAUGUAUAUGGUUGCACGUUAUGAUUCUACAUACAUCAUAAGACUUUGGUAUCACAUGAUUGAACGCGUUAUAAAGUAAUGCCAUGUAACUAGCUUGGUGAAUCUACCACUACUUCAUAUUAUUUUCUAGGCUAGGUUUAAAGAGACAAUACACUGCCCAAAUGGGGAAAAAAAAAAUCAUCAUCCAUAUUUAGUAGAUAUACCCCCAAUUAAUACAUGCACGAUUUAUUUUCAUGCAUGUAUCCAAUGGGGAUAUAUCUUAGAGUUUGCAAAAACUGCAGUUCUUAUGACUGCAGGCUUAGCAAGCCCUCCUGCUUUUCCCAGAAGAGACUUCUCGCUUAGCAGCCUCUGAAUUGGUGCACUUGUGCAUGCGCACACUGUCUGAUUUGAGUUCUGUGUGGGAGGAUGCAAACCCACACUCACACAGAGCUUGCCUGCCACUUCGAUUAGCUCAGGGGGAUAAAAGAAGGUGGAAGCAAACCUCCCUGGCUGUUUUGAUUGACAACCAGGGGGGUGUUCCAUAAUUGAUUUAUAAAAGUGUUAAUUCAUCAUAGAAAUUAACACUUUAUAAACUAGAGCUAAAAUAGGAUACUCUUCACUCAAAGCAUUUCAGUGGGUUAAAGUACAUUUGGGGUGUGGAGAGGUCCUUUAACCCCUUAAGGACCAAACUUCUGGAAUAAAAGGGAAUCAUGACAUGUCACAUGUCAUGUGUCCUUAAGGGGUUAACCAUUUCCUGUUUGCAGUGGGGACCAAAAGGAGCAUAUUUGACUUGAAGGUUGGUAAAGAACUACACUGCUCAAAAAAAUAAAGGGAACACUAAAAUAACACAUCCUAGAUCUGAAUUAAUUAAAUAUUCUUAUGAAAUACUUUGUUCUUUACAUAGUUGAAUGUGCUGACAACAAAAUCCCACAAAAAUUAAAAAAUGCAAAUCAAAUUUUUCAACCCAUGGAGGUCUGGAUUUGGAGUCACAAGUGGAAAAACACAUUACAGGCUGAUCCAACUUUGAUGUAAUGUCCUUCGAACAAGUCAAAAUGAGGCUCAGUAGUGUGUGUGUGGCCUCCACGUGCCUGUAUGACCUCCCUACAAUGCCUGUGCAUGCUCCUGAUGAGGUGGCGGAUGGUCUCCUGAGGGAUCUCCUCCCAGACCUGGACUAAAGCAUCUGCCAACUCCUGGACAGUCUGUGGUGCAAUGUGACGUUGGUGGAUGGAGCGAGACAUGAUGUCCCAGAUGUGCUCAAUUGGAUUCAGGUCUGGGGAACGGGCAGGCCAGUCCAUAGCAUCAAUGCCUUCGUCUUGCAUGAACUGCUGACACACUCCAGCCACAUGAAGUCUAGCAUUGUCUUGAAUUAGGAGGAACCCAGGGCCAACCGCACCAGCAUAUGGUCUCACAAGGGGUCUGAGGAUCUCAUGUCAGUACCUAAUGGCAGUCAGGCUACAUCUGGCGGGCACAUGGAGGGCUGUGCAGCCCCCCAAAGAAAUGCCCCACACCAUUACUGACCCAUUGCCAAACAGGUCAUGCUGAAGGAUGUUGCAUGCAGCAGAACAUUCUCCACGGCGUCUCCAGACUCUAUCACGUCUGUCACAUGCUCAGUGUGAACCUGCUUUCAUCUGUGAAGAGCACAGGGCGCCAGUGGCGAAUUUGCCACUCUUGGUGUUCUCUGGCAAAUGCCAAACAUCCUGCACGGUGUUGGGCUGUAAGCACAACACCCACCUGUGGACGUCGGGCCCUCAUACCACCCUCAUGGAGUCUGUUUCUGACCGUUUGAGCAGACACAUGCACAUUUGUGGCCUACUGGAGGUCAUUUUGCAGGGCCCUGGCAGUGCUCCUCCUGUUCCUCCUUGCACAAAGGCGUAGGUAGCAAUCCUGCUGCUGGGUUGUUGCCCUCCUACGCACUCCUCCACGUCUCCUGAUGUACUGACCUGUCUCCUGGUAGCGCCUCCAUGCUCUGGACACUACGCUGACAGACACAGCAAACCUUCUUGCCACAGCUUGCAUUGAUGUGCCAUCCUGGAUGAGCUGCACUACCUGAGCCACUUGUGUGGAUUGUAGACUCUGUCUCAUGCUACCACUAGCAUUCAAAAGUCUGAUAAAAUAGGGUAGAAUUCUGUGUUCCCGUCUUUGUGACAGCAGCAGGUUGCGCAGUAUGCAAAUUAAUGGUUUCUUCUGAGACUAAUUAAAUUUGCAAACCUGGACCCAGAUGACAGAAACAAGAAGAGUCAGCAAGACGUGACAUGCCUUACUUUUACUAGGGGUACACGUAUAUAUAAUGCACACUGCACAGGAUUAUUCACUAAAGUGUGAAUUCAAAGUAAAAAUUUAAUUUUAGGGAAAAAUAUACAAACUGAAAGACAGCUGACUUUGACAAUUUUUCCAGUUCAACUAUUUAGGCCUGAAUUUAAAAUUCUCUUUUUAUUCCUGUUAAUUAUUAAUAAUAUUGUAAAAGGAAAUCCAAACAGCAGAACUUAAGCUAAGAUAGAGGAAACCUUAAAUCUGUGCAAAUAAACAUAAGGAAACUACUCUCAAGGUGUAAUACUGCCACUUCCUAUGUAUAUAUUAAAGCCUUGCACAGAAGCACUCACAUUUACCAGAGCCUCAUCUAGAAAGCUCUGACUGGACUUGCAUGUAGUUUGGUUGUAUAGUAUCACCAUAGAAUUCUGCUCCACGUGUGUUUCUCACAGCCCUCCUGAACACUUCCUGGAAAGAGUCAUCUAAUGUUUAUACUUUGUAUUGCAAAUUUCUGAUCCCUGCACUGUUAAUAGUUUGCUAGACCCUGCAGACCCUGUGUGAUUAAAGUUCAAUUUAGAGAGCAAGAGAUGUCACCUUCUAAAGUAAGUUACAUAUGAUUUAAAGUGAAAAAUGUGUUUUUCCAUGCAGGUUGUGUGUCACAGCAAGGAUAGGUGUGAGUAGUGCUGCAUGAACAGAAACAAAAGUGAUUUAGCUCCUAAAUAGCAUUGAAUUGAGCAGUUAGAUUGCAAGGGCAUGAUUUAUACACCAAAACGGCUUCAUUAAGUUAAAGUUGCUUUGGUGACAAUAGUGUCCCUUUAAUACUAACUGUCUGCUUCCUAGUUAUUAUUGCACUACAACUUCCAUAAUAACCUUCGACUAAGGUGCUAUCUAUACUAAUUGUCCAGACCAUGCAAACCAGUGGGUUUCACAGCCCUGCUUGUACAGCGUGGGCAAUAAAUACGAUAAUCCACUUGGCACUAUUUUAUCUACUUUUUAAUGGUGUUUACUUUAAUUACAGUUACUGUGUUGAUUAAUUUGUAUGCUAGCCAGUAUUGAAUAUGUCAUUAGCCCUAAAUGGUAUGGCAACCUCAGCAGCUUUGGAUGCCAUAUCUAAACAAAUUACUUUAUUUGGUCAUUACGUCAUUUGGUACUUUAGUGUUUCACUAAUGGAGUCUAUUUACUAAACAGUGAUUUGCAAUUGCAGCAAAAUAUUUAUGUGAAAAAAGCGAACUUGAAAAAAUGAAGAAAGAGGCAACUUGAUUUUAAGUAUAUAAAUUUCACAAUGAAAGUAUUGUUUUUGUUACAGAAUGUACUAGGCACUGUCCUGAAUAAUUGAAUUAGGAACUGUACAAACUCUAUCUCCAGGUAAAGAAAAACAUACAAUUUUGGAACACUCUAAAAGUACCCCCAAAACACAUGAAAAAACCCCAUAAAAGUUACAUCCCCUGAUAGUCCCGAUCUGGGUGACCAACAUAUCCAAAACUCACCCAGAUCAGUUCAGGGGUUCGGGAUUACUAUGGAAGUCAAGCUUGGUAGUUUAAAAACAAACAACUGAACAUAGUCAAUAUUCAUACCAUGGAGCUUGUUCCCCUCAUCCAGACGAACGAUUCCAUUCCGCUGCCUGCGUUCGAGGGAACAAGAUGGCUGCCACCUCGUGGUCGUUCAUACGAACUGCAGCCAUCGAGAUGAACAAUUAGAACACUGCAGUUAGAAACGUUAAGAGGUGAUGAUAGGGCUUAACAAGCUCCCGGGUGGUCCAUGGUUUGUGCACGAAUACUGUCUUUUAAUAGGCUUUUUGCAGGGCCAUAGUCUUUGGGCAGGAGGCUAGCCAGCAGGCCCCUCGAGGAACACGUAGCACAGGCAUUUCUGCCACAACCCUUAUCUGUAAAGGAACCCUAUAGGAUCAGGAAAACAAACCUGUUUUCCUGACCCUAUAGUGUUAAAAACACCAUCUAGUCUCCUUGGCCGACCCCUUGCCACCCUAAAUAUAAAACUAACAAACUACAAAAAGCUAAAAAAACAUGCAAGUGUAUAUCUCACUUAUACAGAUACUGAAAUCCUGGUUUAAAAUCACAAAAGAUUUUUAUCUCAGAGUUCACCCCAGGCUUAAAGGAACAGGACAGGGUUUAACCCUUUAUCCCGGACAGAUGCAGCAUAGGGCAAUACACGGCAAGUGACUCCCAUCUCCAAAUAUUACCCCUCCACCCCCACUGUAGGAACAGUGUAUAUACAGGUGAAGGGAUUUUUGGGAGUCCCCACAGGUGAUAGAAAACAUGAAUGAAGACAUGGAUAGGGGAAUCAUAAAAUGUUCAGAACGCUGAUCACCAUUGUUUAAGGGGUAAUUGUGCACAAAAUAAAAGGGAGGUCCUAUUGCUAUCACUAAUCUGGGAAUCUUGACAAACUGACAGUUACAAAUUUUAAGUCCAAAUAGUCGAGCUGGAAAUAUAGCAUUUUUUUGCCAAUCCUCUGCAAUUUAUAGUUAAAAUCCAAUAUUGCGAAGCCUGAUGAUGCCCACAUUUGCCAGUCAAUCUCAAGAUCGGAGAGAAAGGACACACACGGUACUGGUCCUUUAAUAUUUCUCAUUCUAGGGUUUUCUGAAUGACUUUUAUUCUGUUCCCUUUAAAUAUUCCCAUGCAAGUAGUCAUUGAUUGGCCUUCCUUUCCUAUCUAGCACAGUGCUGUAUGUGGAUUAUGGCACUACAUAAAAGGCAACACUUGGGUAUAAGAAAUUGACAAAUAAUAAUCAGGAAAGGCUAUUAUUUGCAAAUUAAGAUAUACACACUUGGCUACUUCAAGCAGGUGUCAAAAGGUACACAGAUAAGGUAGAUAAAUCACCUGCCCCAGGUGGCAUGUACACAAGAUUAAACAAGUAAUAGCCAAACCAUUAAGUUUAAACUUCGAACACAUUAGUUCCUUGACUUUAUUGAUGCAGCUUUGACACACAGAACUUAUGGUAUCGUGGAACACAAAGGCAAUAAGUACCAGCAGCAAUGGGCAUUUCAGUGAUGCCUGGUAUAACAUAUAAACAGCUUCUUCACUCAUAAAACAUAGGCAGCACUGGGAAAUGACCCAACCAGGUUUUUACAUUUUUUCAAUUUGGGUUUCAAUAAAUCGGUUUGUGAAUAAACCCUACGGGAUUAUUCAGUAAACAAUGAAUUGUGGCUAACAGAAAAGGGAAUUGUAGUUGUUAUGACAAAAUAAUUGUUUUAAGCAUUCUUCAACUCCACUAUUCGUCAUUGCCUACUUUGGCUUAAAGAGACACUGUAAACACUUAAAGGGACACUCCAGGCACACAGACCACUUCUGCCCAUUGGAGUGGUCUGGGUGCCAACUCCCACUACUCUUAACCCUGCAAUGUAAAUAUUGCAGUUUUCUUAAACUGCAAUAUUUACAUUGCAGGGUUAACUCCUCCGCUAGUGGCUGUCUACUAUGUGAGGACCUCCAGCGUCGCUAAAAUCCCCAUAAAUCCCCCAUUUUAAAUGCUUUCCUAUGGAGAGGUCAAAUGUGCGUGCGCGGCAUUAGGUCUCCCUGCGCAAUCGGUCUCCCCCGCCGGAUGGCGUCCGUGAACCAUAAACCAGCGCUGAGGGACAUCGGUACUGGUCUCAGGUAAGUCACUGAAGGGGUUCUAACCCCUUCAGCAACAUGGGAUGGGGGGUGGGAGGGAGAGGGGACCUGCAGUGCCAGGAAAACGAUUUGUUUUCCUGGCACUGGAGAGUCCCUUUGAAGCACUUUAUGAGUGAGUCCUCUUUUUUCAUUUUACAAACAGUGCAGAUUCCAAUAGAAAUUGCCACUUUUAUAAAUUAUCCUUGUUCCGCCCCCUUGGGAUGCAAGAGGCAGCAAUUGCCCAGAGCACCUGCCUUGCAAAUACUUUUCAUUGAGCUGCAUUGGGGAGUCUGUGAUUGGACAGCCACAGAGUCUGGGUGGGAUUAGAAAGGGAGGGCUUGCAAAAGCUGUAGAAAAGAGAUCUGCAGCUUUUGCAGACUGUUUUUAGAUCUUCCCCAAUUAAGAAAUGAAUAACUAAAUGCAUGCAUGUUUUCAUUGGAGUACUUGUACUAAAUAGCAAAUUUUCUUUUAUGGGCAGCAAAGUGUCCGUUUAACAUUUGCAAUUCCCUUAUUAAUACCAAACAAUUCCUAAUUUAAAGAAAAACCCAAUAGCAUUAGUUUGUAUAGAAGAAUAUGGUUCAGACCUCAUGGAAAUGAUGAAACAAUUUGCAUGAAGUUGUGCACUCUCAGUCUGUAAUCAUUGCAACAUUUCAACCCUCUAAGCAGAGCUUGCUGGGUCGGCAACUGACACAAUGAACUGCAUCAUGGUUUGAUUUUAGGUGGGGAAAUUAAAAACACAAGAGCAAUGGGUUAGGGUCAGAUACGUACUAUACAGUGCCAUCACUAUUCUGGCCAAAGCUGACAUGUACUGCCCUUUAAUUAGAUGUACCAAAGGACAAGAACUAUUUCAGUGCAAUUCAUAAACGUUUACUGCAAAACAAUCUCGUCACCCAUACUCCAGUGACAUCAAGCCUUGCCCUUGGUAAUUUGUAAUUGAACCACCCCAGCCCUCUAAUAUACAGUCCGAUCAAAGCAAUGGGGAGUGAAUCUGGCUGGACUGAUAUCCACCAACCCCUUUCCAAGCAGGCCAUAAUAAAAGCUGCUUUUUGUGUAUUGGUAUUUUUUUAUUUCACAUUUACUUAUUUCCAGCCAUUAACCUUAUCUAUAUAUUGAUCUAGCAAUGCUGAAACUUGAUGGACUUGUUCUCUAACUCUAAGCUCCAUGCUCUGUAGCCAGUUAAAGGCAGACUUGUUUAAUCAGGAAAAGAUUUAAGGGCAAUUUGGAAUUCUAUAUUGUCGUACAGUCGUAAUUUAAUUAUUGCCCUAUAGCUUUGCUCAUAUCAACCUGACAAACAAGUUUCUACUUCGUUAUUCGAUCCAAAGCAGGUAAAAACUGGCGUCAGGAUUAAUCCUUUAGCAGUUACAGAAUUGCACAAUCCAGGCGUCUCAUGUAUUCAGAGGGUCCAAUUGCUUACUAGUAGCUGUUUUAUGUUGGGGCAGGGUCCACAGGAGCUGCAUUUCUGCUAAUUUGACUAUUCACUAAAAAGUUGGCUUUUAUGGGAGAUGCUUAGUGCUAAAUUUGGGUUUAAGAAGCUGUAUGGUCAAAUGCAUAUAGAUAUGUAACUUCUGAGUUGGGCAUGUAUCUGUGAGCUCAGGGAGAAAUUUCACAUGCACGCAUUUGUGUGCUCACCAUUUUCUCCAGAAGUGCAGUAAUGCACAAGGGCAACAAUGCAAGAGUUAACUCAUUUACAACGUCCGGUAAAGCUUUGAAUAAAGUUUUUAUUUUAUUUUUUUUUAAAUAAAAUAAACUCUAAAACAGAUUCAAAUGAUUUUACUGCAAGCUGCUAUAGCUAACAUGUAGCUGUUAGGUUGUGAUAAAAUGGGAGAAGUGACCCUUCCACUUUAAGUCCAACGCAGCCAUUAUGCCUUUAUAUUUUGAAACAUUCUUCUGUUUUAAAAAGGAACUAUCACUUGCCAAUAUUUUCAAUAUUAUAGUUACUUAUGUCUUACAUAUAUGUAAUAUAUUUGUAUUUAUCAGGUGUGAAAAAUAAAUUUAAAUGCAGAAAUCCACACAACUUUAUCCUGCAACUGGACUCCUCCAUCUUAGCUCUCUGUCAAUCAUUGUUAAAAACAUUGUCCUUUGCACCUGGCAGUCAGUAUAGAGAAACCUACAAAGAGGAGACAUAAAACACUGUAUAUGUUGUGUAUUAAUGUGCUUUUAUUCUUAAAAGCGGUCUAGCAUACUAAAAGAAGGGCAAUCAACAUAGAACCUAGUGGACCCAGAUGGCAUAUUCCAUUGGUGUAGAACACAAGAAAAAUUUAAAUUAUUUGGUUUAAACCAUAAAUACAAAGCUUCCAUACACAUUGAAGAUAUUUCUCCCAGUCUUCUUCACAAAUACAAGCUAGAAGCGAGUGUCACGCUAUUCCAUUGGUGACUGCACCCACUUUAAAUCUUUAGAACACUUUUUAUGCAUAACCUCCAAUGGUUUUUAUUUGUCCUCUUCAUUUGCAAUGUGUGCCCUGGCUGUGCCUUGCCUUACCUGGAUUAUAAGGUCUUAUGAUAAAUCUGUAAUGUACAUUCAAGAGAAAAUUGACAGUCUUCUGAAAAAAGGAUAACAGACGUUAUGGGUUAUUUUCAAUGUGUUAUUCAAUGGUGUAUAUUCCAAGGCAACACCUUUUUGUUUUUUAGUGUGCAUUGUAUAACAGGAGUUAUCAUUGAAUAACAGGACAGGGUGCUUUGGAAUAACAGCUUGACGGUAAACUGGAGAUCUUUGUUUUUUGGGUGCAAAACAUAGCUUUUGAUUAUAUCUUUUCCUAAAAGAAGGCUUUCUAUGAGCAACAUCAUAUGCUUUGCUUAAGAAAACAAAUAACAGGAUUCGUUGGAAUCUCAUGAUUUUAGGUCCUUAAUAGGAGGCAUUGAUAUUUUGUCACCAGUAUGAUAAUAACGAAGAUCACUUGACAAAAAAAAGUACUACAGGAAAAUGUGCUUAGAUUUAGGGCCAUGUGGUGUAACUAAAUCCCCAUGUUUGCUGAGCUAGGUGAUGUAAAACUGUAUUAUUGUUUUUUGUGUCUGAAAUGUUCCUUAAUCUGAAUUUGUUUACAUUUUAAAUGUAGAAGGAGAGAUUUCUUCUGCUUGUUGUUUUUUGUGUAUGUAGCUAUGUAGCAGCUAGAGCUUCCCAAACCAGAAUCUCUUCCUUCUGGUCGUGGGUGAAAAUAAAUAAGGGAAUGCCGGGAAGCAGCGCUUUCAAAUCGGUUCUAGAUACCAGUGGAGCAAUAUAGAAAAUAAGAGGAAAAAAAAACAAAUAUAGUGUAGUAUUUAGGGUAUCGGUUUGGCAAAUAAAAGAAAUUGCACUUACACUUUUCUGGAGCUCAAGAUGAGCUCCAGAUCACUGCGUCUGGACAGUACAAUCCCCGUCUGUGGAUAUGUAAAUGGUCCUGGUCCUGUAUGGAGACGUGUCAUUGGGCUAGUAGUCAGCGGUUUAUGGUCAGCAGCAGUCGUUGAAGUGUCUAGGAGCAGUGAUCUGGAGCUGAUCUUAAGCUCUAGAAAAGUGCAAGUGCCAUUUCUUUUAUUUGCCAAACCGAUACCCUAAAUACUACACUAUAUUUGGGUUUUUGUCCUCUUAUUUUCUAUAUUGCUCCACUGGAAUCUGGAACCAGGUAUUCCCUUAUUUGUAAAAAUGUAAGUCUUUACAGCAGCACCACUACUGAGGAAUGUUCCACGUGUGCUCCAAUUCCUUUUUUUUCUUGAAUUUAGGGCACACACUGUGUAACCUAAGAUAACAGUGUCUAUAUCAAACAGACCUAGAAUAUGCAACAUACAUGCAAGUCCAUUGCUGAAAACCUCAUUCUUCAAUAUUACAUUGUAACUCAUGGAAAGCUGCAAAAUCAACGUUCCGAAGUAUUUAUACUGUAUACAUAAGAAAAACCAAUCAUAAAGGAUCCUGCAUCCCAUGGACUCAGCUAGGGCUGCUAGAUGUUUGUGUGAUGCUCUUGGUUUCUGUCAGAGAGUGUUUGGAGAAGAACAUCUCUGCAGUAUGUGGAAUUCCUAUGCUGUAGGCGUGAAAUCUGUUUUUUUUUUUAAUGACAGUUCUUUUACAAACCCUUAAUUCAUUACCUACAGGGAUACUAUAAUGCUACGAAUACAAAGUUGUAUUCCUAGCACUAUGGCACCCUAGCGCUCCCCCUUUCCCAUUGUACUUACCUGAUUCCAGAGCCGAUCUUCCUCGGUGCUCCACCUCCUCCGUCACCCAAGCACUUUAGGCUCGACACAUAGGAAUGCCUAACAAGCAGGAAGUGCCUCUACUGGCUGUCAGUCAUUGACAACCACUAGAGGCAAUCUUAACCCUGCAAUAUAAUUAUUGCAGUCUAUCAGAAACUGCAAUAAUUAACAUUUCAGUGUUAAGGGGACAGGAAUCCUGCACCCAGACCACUUCAGUGAGAUGAAGUGGUCUGGGUGCCUAUAGAGUCCCUUUAAAGGGACACUAUUGUCAUCAAAACAACUUAAGCUUAAUUAAGCAGUUUUGGUGUAUUGAUCAUGCCCCUACUCAAUUCUCUGCCAUUUAGGAGUUAAAUCAUUUUGUUUGCACAGCCCUAGUCACAUUGUAUUCUUGUGUCCCUUUUACCACAUAUACAAAUAUCAAUAAAAUAAAAUUUAUGAGUUCUGAAAGAUAUAGACAUCCGGCUAUGGUAAAGACACCUGAUGUGUCAGCUGAUUCUUUAAUUGGGAUGACAAGGUGACUAUAAAAACUUCCCAGUAAGAUCCACUGUUAGAAUACAAACACACUGACUAUUUUGAAUCAGGGGCUCAGUAUAUGACUUGACUGUAAGGACUGUAAGGCUUACUCUUUAAAUCUUUAUGGCCUGAUUAUACCACUUCUUUAAUUAAACAUUUACAAAAAGGUGUGUCUCAAGUGCACUAAGCAGUUCACACUUGCAGCCAAAUGUUUUUCAACAUGUUAGACUAUUAGAGUACAAAUCACUGAUACAAUUACUUAAACAUGAGACACUUUUCAAAGAAGAAACAGCAUACAGGCCAACAAAAUAUUUUGACUUUACAUUGACAAACAUCCCUGAGGUCACCUGCUGUAGUCAUGCAAUUUGUAGUUAUCCAAAAGGAUUCUAUAUCAUUGUUUUAACACAAAUCCUUCAGGGGAGUGUUGUCAUCUUGAGAUCCUGGGGGACAGUACACGCAAAAAGGCCUUUUGAUGAGUAAACUUACAGAUCUAUGCGUGAAUGUUCCUAGUCAUACAGCACAAGAGACUGUAUGGAGGCUGCUGGCGCUAGGUGUAUAUCGCUGCAGCCGCUAUUAUUAUGAUGUGCACAACGUGGCAGUGCAUUUAGAGAGAUUUAAACUAAGCUAAGAGACACAAAGUCGGUGUCCCAUAAAACCAUUGCCACUAAAGAAAAUCGACAUGUGCAGCCACUAUGAGUAAUUUUUGAUGCCCAUGUAAUUAUUUAUAGUCUGGCAACUUCCAUCCAAUACUGCAGCCACUGGGAAAUAGCUCAGUGAGGCAAUCCAAGGCUUAAAAACCGAGAUCGAACGCUAACAGCACAUGCAUGGGCCCUUGCUAACAGACCUACUUUUGCUCACAACCCCUGCAUACACUUGGUGCUUUUAUAUGUGUGUCGGUGAAACCCGUAAGCUCGAGAUUUCAUUUGCCUGUGGUUCACAUAAAUAAGUGAGCAGUUAUUUACUUUGCUCGGCCUCCUGCUUGAUUUAUACACAUUGAUGGGGUGAGGGUUGGGUCUUGUCUACUCUAUGCUUACAGCGAAUACAUAUAAUCCAUUCUUUCAACAGCGGAAGACCUACUGUAUGAGAUAUUUAGAAGUGGAACUUCAAUCUUGUUGACAUACUCUAUGUAUACAUGUACAUUUUAUGUCCUUUUUCUUUUAAAACAUUAAAUGUUGAGUGACGGUAACUGGUAAUGCAGUUCGUUGCUCACAUAUCUUGGAAGAAGGGUAAAGCUUAGGUGUGAACGUUCUGCCUUUUUAAUGUCAAUGCUCUGGGCCAUGUUCAUAAUUCUAAUGAGAAUUAAAUGCUCUUCCUAGAAUAGAUGCUGCCCAAGGUGAUAUUUUAAAGGCAAGUCCCAGCAAUAGCAGAUAUGCAUGUCUUCACUGUAACAGCCUUUCUUUUUGGAACUUUAUUAUACUAAACACCAAAAUUACAGUAAAUGUAAGCAACAAUAGCCAACUUGGAUUAAUUCUCCAACUCUACUACAGUCACAGCUUGGCAGUUGACUUUAAUUUUGCAAUUCAGAUUUUAAUAAAAUACAAUGCAGAAUAAACUGCAACAUGAUUGUUAUACAGAACCUACAAGUUAGAGAUAGAUGCUACAAUUAUUAUUUAUUAUGGUACACAGAGAGAUACACGUGGUUCCCCAAGUGGGAAGAAAAUCUGUUUCAGUGCAACGGCAACUGCUCUCGAACUCCAAAGAUCCUGGGUUAUGACAAGGUUCUGGUGGUACAAUGGAAAAUUAUAAUUAUAUCCUAUCCUACAAAACAGUGUUUCUAUGACUGAAGGUUACAUAGUGGUAGCUGCACUUGAUAACUACUGGUCCAUCCUAAGAUCUUGUGUACAUGUUUGUAUGGUUUAUACAAUGUCAGCCAUUUCCACAACACUGAUCAAUAGAUAACUCUUUCCAUGAAUUGACUUUUAUUAAUUCUGUCUCUUGUUUUUGCUUGUCUCCAGCUUUGGCAAGUUAGAAGACUCAAUGGUGCACAGCCAUCAAGGUAUUUCUAUCCAUGAACCUGAUCCGGAUAAAGAUCCCUGGACUAGGGACCAGCCAGGCUCUCCUGAGACAACACCAACAAGGGUACAGAUAGCUACAGACUCUGAUUUCUAUCCAUCGGUCAGCCUGGCUGCAUUGCUCAGUCUAAUCUUCAUCCUUGUCGUCUGUCUAAUGUCUUCAGGAAGUGGCAUAAAUGGCAGAGCUAUCUCAUUGGGACGCAUUAGAGAAAAGAUGGUCCGUUUACAUCCUUUGCUUUCUUGUCAGACCCUGGCUACUAGAAGGUCAUUAGACAACAGUUUAAAGCUAAACCAUGAUGGGGUAACUACUAUAAUAGCUGUCACAAACAGUAAUGCAGUUCAGACACUAAUCUGUUUUACCAGUAAUCUGAUUUCUCUUCUAUCAAGUCAGGCUAACAACGUCACCAAAAGACUUCAGGACUACAACUCACCAGUGUUAUCAGGGAUUAUAAAUAAUAGCCCUUCCAGGGUCUUCCAUGUGGCAGUGGUAACUCUAAGGACAGAGCAAGCCCCCUUUGGAAUUAUCCUAGGUCCAGAAGACAACCUGUUUGGAGGAACACACCUAUGGAAAAUGACAUUUAAUGUUCCAAAUGGAGAAAAUGAAAGGGGCCUACAUAACAACAUUUCUGAACUUGCCGUUGAUGUUCUGAAGUUCCUCUACAAAACAAAGCACAUUCCAGAGGCUUUUGAAAAGAGUGGAUACACAGAAAAAUGUCUCCCGGUUCUACAUAUCACAGGAGAUCCAUAUCUGGAGAGUGGAUUUGUGUGUUAA